CCCAGGAUUAUAGAACCACCAAAGUAUGUCCUUACGUCUCUGCGUUCCUUCCCAUCACUGAAGCCAAAGACAUUCCAGCCAGUUGCGUCUUCUCUACUCUCGGUUCCAUUGCGUCGUGAUAUUCUCUGGAAGGCCGUUGUCUACGACGCCGACAACAGACGUGUCGGUGCGUCAAACCCAAAGGGAAGAUCCGAGAUGGGGUACUCAAGAAAGAAGUUGUUACCGCAAAAGGGUACCGGUCGUGCCAGAUCCGGUGACCGUGGUUCUCCAGUAAGACACGAUGGUGGUGUUGCAAUGGCUAGAACUGCUCCAAACGACUUCACCUCGGAUUUGCCUAAAAAGGUUUACGAUUUGGCCAUGAAGAUUGCAUUGAGUGAUAAGUACAGACAAGGCUCUCUCUUCAUCAUCGAUGGCUCACUGGAGAUCCCAACAGAGGAUUCACUGGCAACACAGAUGUUCCUGAAGAAGCACGGACUCAAGGGGCACAAACUGCUCUUCAUCACAGACGAACACACUCCAAACUUACUCCAAUCUACAGAAGCAUACCAGAGCACUAUCGACGUUGUUCAGAAAGAGGGCAUCGAAGUUAGAGACAUCCUACAUGCAGAGCAAGUGUUCAUCGACUUGGAUGCAUUGAAGUGGUUUGCAGAUGUUUACUCCUCAUAA